UAUGCCUAGGUUGGUAGGUAGAUAGGUAGGUAGUGAUUAGCACAUCUCUACUGAGACGCACGACACGCGCUGAGAUGAGCUCGAUCGAGAACGCAAGACUGCCUCGCACGCCUUGCUAACGCUGCUUGCGCCCUUGAUGAUGAUGAUGAGGAGGAUGCCCGCGCCCAUUCACAUGCCUAGCAGCGCGCAAAUGCUCGGCAAUGAUACCGCAUAUCCACGUGUACCAAGAUACAGAUACAGACACAACAGACAGACAGAUAAAGGACUGGCAAACGUGGCUGUGAUGUUCUGCACUGUAUGUAGGAGUAGUACACUGAAGCACACUACACGACACCCCACCCCACCCCACCCCACCACGCCGCGCUACAGCCAGCCAUCCACUCACCCAUUCAUACAGACCAGACAACCCCCUCACCCCACUCACCCCACACCUACCCACCCAACCCACUCAAUCAAUGAAACGAGCCCUGCAGCGCGCUCAAGUCGCCGUUCGGAAUGCCGAAGAAAUUGAACCUGCCCUCCCAGAAACCGCCCCGGUCCAAUCGUCAGCCAAGCGUGAACUACUAGCGUAUAACCGUAACCAUAAACCAUAAACGAAAACACAUUAUCAUCUUCUUCUUUCAUCGUCUCCUCGUUCGUGUCG